GUUAGUAGAUUACUAGAUAAAUUACUUGAAAAUUACAGCAAACAUGUUACGCCUGGUUAUGGAGGUAAAUCUUUGAUUUUACGUAUAUCUACAGAUUUUGCUAUCAGAAGUAUGGGACCGAUCACUGAGAGUGAAAUGGCCUACUCCAUGCAGAUCUAUCUCAGACAACGUUGGUAUGACGAUCGUUUGAAAUUCACCAUUGACAACUUCACAGAAUUUACAUUGAGUAAUAAGGUCCUGAAGUCCAUUUGGAAGCCAGAUACUUAUUUCAUCAAUGGUAAAAACAGCAAGGCACACAAUAUUACUGUACCCAAUGCUUUUGUAAGGAUCAGACAUGAUGGGAGGUUGUAUAUGUCAAGAAGAUUGACGGUUCGAGCUCGCUGUCCAUUGAUGUUGUCAAGAUUUCCCAUGGAUAAAGCGUCAUGUCCACUCUAUAUCGCUAGUUAUGGUUACACAACGUCUGAUUUAAUAUAUUACUGGAAUCCCAAUGCCCCAAAUGUAGAUAUGCCGGAAGGAUUAACCAUGGCAACUUACGAAGUCGGUUGGGUAGAUACUUUCAAUGUAACUAGGAUGACAACGCAUGGUCCACAAUCUGUCCUAGAAGUACAAAUUCACAUGCAUAGAAAUUUGGGAUUUUUCAUCCUGCAGACAUUCCUUCCUUGUUACCUGAUCGUCAGUUUAUCGUGGAUCUCUUUUUGGAUCAACAGAGACGCUGCUCCUGCAAGGGUACUACUUGGUGUAACAACUAUUUUAAGCACUGCUCAAAUUGGUAUGUCUGUUCGUGAAGGUCUUCCUAGAGUCCCUUAUGCCACGGCAAUAGACGUCUUCCUAAAUGUAUGCCUUGUGUACGACAUGGCGGCUCUUAUACAAUAUGCUGCUGUCAACUACUUUACCAAAGUGAUGCCAGUUGAAGGUGGUGACGAAGAAGAAGAUGAGAUAAUAAUAUCAGAGCAAGAACACGAGAGAGAGCGUGAAACUCUUCUGUUGAACAAUGCUCAUGUCGAUCUAGAACAUCAGGGGUACAGGAAGAUUGGAUGUUACCAGAUGUUGUGGAGAUGCCUUUCUGGAAAUUCGGAUUUCCGCUUACAUCGAGUGAAUAGUGUAAAACCUGGAGCGACCAAUUCUGUUAGUGACAUAGACCUUAUGGCCAGAAUAUUAUUUCCCUCAACCUUCAUACUAUUCAAUGUGUGCUAUUGGGUUCUUUAUCUUCACAUUCCACAGAGUUGA